CUGCCAGUACAGCCGCUCAGCCAACUUUAUAUGACUAUUCAGAUGUUCUUUAUAAGUCUAUACUCUUCUACGAAGCUCAGCGAUCAGGUGUAUUACCACCAACCAACAGAAUACCCUAUCGAGGAGAUUCCGCUUUAGAUGACAAGGGACUUAACGGUGAAGAUUUAACGGGUGGCUGGUAUGAUGCCGGUGAUCACAUUAAGUCAACCUACCCGAUGGCGUUCAGUGUCGCGAUGCUCGCAUGGGGAUAUCUGGAAUUCAAGGAUGCAUACGAAGAAGCCGGUGAAAUACAGAAUAUGUUGGACUGCAUCCGAUGGGGGACAGACUUUCUACUGAAAGCACACACAGCGCCAAAUGAAUUAUAUGUACAGGUGUGGUUCGGUUCUUAUACUGCCAUCAACGGUCACAA